AUGUCUGCGGAAUCGGAUAUGGAGUAUUCAGAUAAUGAUGGUGAUGAGUAUGAUUACUAUGGUGAGGUAGAUGACUGUGAUAUGGACACCGUUGAUCAGAGUAAAACUGAUCCUGAAUAUUUUUUGUUCUCCUGCUUAAGAGUUGAAGAAGUUGAAAAGCUACUGAAUGAGUCUAUUGAAUUACUCAGUAAUAGCCUUCAAAUAACGCCUUCACUCGCUAAGGUGAUUCUGCAUGCAUAUGAAUGGAAUGCACAAGAGAUUAUAAAUAAGUAUAAAGAAAAUGCUAAUGAAGUACUAAUCUUUAGCCGUGUAAAAUCCUGUGUACCGUCUGCACCAGGGAACUCAAAUGGUUCACAUUGUGCAGUAUGUGCUGACACAAAUCUUUUGCAAAAAUUUAGUGCAUUGGCUUGUGGACAUUAUUUUUGCAAUGAUUGUUGGGCGAUGCACUUUGAAGUCCAAAUUAUGCAAGGUGUAUCUAAUACCAUCCAAUGCAUGGCUCCUGAGUGUGAAGUGAGAGCGCCUGAGGAUUUUGUUUUAUCCCAUGUCACUAAACCAUCUGUAAGAGAUAGAUAUCAACAGUUUAUGUUCAAGGAUCAUGUGAAAUCUCACCCUCAAUUGAGAUUUUGCCCUGGUCCUAAUUGUCAGUGGUUAUUUCGAGCGUGGGUACGCGAAGGCGCACGCCGUGUAGAAUGUCAAGGUUGUGAAUUGUUGACUUGUUUCUCUUGCGGGGCACCUCAUCAUGCCCCAACAGACUGCAUUACAAUACGUCUCUGGCUUACUAAAUGUGCUGAUGACUCUGAGACUGCAAACUAUAUAAGUGCUAAUACAAAGGAUUGUCCUAAAUGUCAAAUAUGUAUUGAGAAAAAUGGUGGCUGCAAUCACAUGCAGUGUGGGUCAUGCCGACAUGACUUCUGUUGGGUUUGUUUGGGUGACUGGAAGUGCCAUGGCUCUGAAUACUAUGAGUGCAGUCGUUAUAAAGAAGACCCAAAUUUGGCUAGUGACAGUCAACAUGCACAGGCUAGAGAAGCUUUAAAAAAAUAUCUUCAUUAUUAUGAGCGGUGGGAGAAUCAUGCACGGUCUCUUAAACUAGAGGAGCAAACAUUAGCAUGUUUAAAAAGUCGUAUUAACCAAAAGGUCAUGGCUGGAGAAGGGACAUGGAUAGAUUGGCAGUAUUUAUGGGAUUCAGCGAAGCUAUUAAAGCGUUGUCGUUAUACUUUACAGUAUACAUAUCCGUUUGCCUAUUAUAUGGAUAAUGGCCCAAGGAAGGAGCUCUUUGAAUAUCAGCAGGCGCAGUUAGAAGCAGAAAUCGAAAACCUCUCUUGGAAAGUAGAAAGGGCGGAAACCACGGAUAGGGGUGACUUGGAAAAUCAAAUGGAUAUCGCGGAAAAAAGACGUACAACAUUGCUCAAGGACUUCCUAGAUAUAAAUAUAAACAAUGCCUCUAGUAGCAAAGUGUAA